AUGUUACUUCAAACAUCAUCAGAAUUCAUUAAUGAUAAUACAACAACAAGUGGUACCAACUCUACACAAUUAGCCUUGUUGAAAUGUAAAUUAUCAUCCGAGAGAACAUUACAUGGAUUAGGCUUUGAUGGUUCUAAUUUACAAACCUACUUGGAUGCACAUAUCAAUGUUGAUCAAUUCCUCCUACAAAUAUUCUCUCAUCAACAAUUAGAUACUCUGAAGGGUGCUGCUAUUGCUGGUUUUACAAAAUUAUUAAAUACAUGGAAUCCUAGUAAUAGUAAUAAUAAUAGCAAUAAUACAUCAUCAACAACAACAACAACAGAUAAAGUCUAUACUCCACAACAAGAUACAAUGAGUGUUGUUAUUAUUGAUGUUGAUUAUUGGAAUGAAUUUCCAUCAUUAAUUAAUAAUACUAAUAUUAAUAAUAAUGCUAAAUAUGGUAUUCAUAUUCCAUAUCAUGGAAUGUUAGCAAUUGGAGUUAAAUUUGGUAAUUUUCUAAUGAGAUGGACAGAAUAUGGUAUUGUUGAUAUUAUUAAUUUACAACAAUUCUCUCCAAGUACUUUACAAAAAUCUUUAAUUAUUAAAACAGUAUCAACACCUAUUAAAUAUAAUACAAGUAAUUUGAAAAAGAUUGCAAAUUUAAUAAUUCAAUAUAAUACUCAAUAUCAAUAUGAUUUAUAUGAUAAAAGUCCAAUUCAAUUUAUUAGAGAUUUAAUGGAAUGUGUUGGAAUUAAUUUCAAAUUAGGAAAAUGUAGUUUAUUAUUAAAAAUUAUUGAAACUCAUUGGAAAAAGUUUUUUGGUAAUGAAAAAUGUGGAAUUAUUAUAAAUCCAUAUAUUGAAUCUGAUAAUUUAUAUAAUUGUACAGAUUAUUCACAUUUUAUUGAAAUUUCAAAGAAUUUAUUACAAUAUAAUAUUACCUAUUCAAGUGAAUAUUCAUUUGAAUGGUCAAUUUUAAAAUCAUUUGAAAGAACUUUAAGAUUAUUAUCAAUGUCAUGUACAUUUGAACCUUCACUAAGACAUGAUUAUAUUGUAAAUUCAAAUACUGAACAAUUAUUUGGAAAUGUUUCAAUUAAUACUAAUACAUUGAAAUAUAUUUCAUCUUCAUUUAAUAUUGAAGAAGAAAAUUCAAAUACAGAUAAAAAGAAUUCUGAUACCAUAUUUGUAUUAUGUAUGGAUGGUGGUGGUACAAGAGGUCUCAUUCUCUCAAUUAUUUUACGUGAAAUUGAAAAGAGAACUAAUCGUAAAUUGAAUGAUAUUUUUGAUUUAGUUUGUGGAACAUCAACUGGUGCUCUAACUUCAAGAUGUGUUCAAUCUGGUUUAUCUGGUGAAGAAAUUCAAACUCUUUAUACUCAAUUAGCAACUGAUAUUUUCAGUUCUAAAUUAAUUUUAAAUGAAAAAAUUACAAAAUUUUACAAGACAGUUUCCUCUGGUAAUUGGUAUGAAGGAAGUAAAUUAGAAGCACUUACAUUGAGUAAAAUUUCAAGAUCCAAAGAGAAUGAUAUCCUCUAUUUACAAGAUUUAUAUCAAAUUAAACCAAAGGCAUUCUUUGUGAGUACUUUGGUCCCAUCCACAUUAUCAUUACAAUCAAUGAGUGAUAAUAAUUCUAUCAACAACAACACUAACAACACCUCCACCUCCUCCAAUCAAUCAAAUAAUAAUACUACAUCUGGUCAGUUGGAAUAUGAACGUGCUAGGUCAGAUGAACCAAUUUCAUACAUUUUUAGAACUUAUCCAUGUCCAUUCAAUAAGGAAAAUCAACCUACAAGAUAUAAGGGAACAUGGAAUGGACAAAAUAUUCCACUUUCAAGUUGUUUAAGAGCAUCAACUGCUGCACCUGUAUAUUUUGAUAAGAAGAGAAUUGGUAAUUCUCAUUUCAUUGAUGGUGGUAUUUGUAACAAUAAUCCAACUGAAAUUGCCAUUACUGAAAUGAAGAAAAUCUUUCCAAAUCACACAAACUUUUGUGUUAUUAGUUUAGGUACUGGUAAAUAUGUUAAACCAGCUCAACAACAACCAGAAAAAAAGUCAUGGUUUUCAUUUGGUCAAUCCAAUCCUCCUACUCCAUCUUCAAAUAAGGGAUCUGAUAAGAUUACAGCUAAUUUGACAACAUUAUUAGAUAUCUUUGAAUUGAGUAUGUCAAGUGAAGCAAUUUCAAGAAGAGUUCAAGAUAUUGUGAAUGAACAAACAGAUAAGAAUAUUACCUAUUUUAGACUUAAUCCAUCUUUACCAACUGAUAUUCCAUUAGAUUCUACUUUACCAGAAGUUUUUGAAUUAAUGGCUCAACAAACAAGAGAAUAUCUCAGAAAUGAAUCUGAAUCUUUUGAAAAGAUUAUCAAAUUACUUUCAAAUACUUGUAAAUAA